AAAUCCAAUCGCAUCGAACUUUACUCAGUCGUCUUCUUCUACUUCUUCUUCUUCACCUACCCUUCUCCUCUCUCUCUGUCUCUCUACCCUCGUUGUGCUUUUGCUGCUGUACUUCGUGCCGGCGCCGGAGAGAGUGAGAUGACUUGGGCAGUCUUAAGAUCCAUUAACUCACCAACACUCGACCUAUCCACCGCACUUCGCUCCACUCGUACCCCAUUGGUCGCUGCUGGUGUUGGCUGCGCUACACUCGCUGGUGUUUCUCUCUUCAGAAUGUCUUCUAGAUCUCCUCCUUUCGCUUCCCUCAGUGUCUCUGCUUCUUCUGCUAAAAAGGAAGUUGUGGCUACAGAUAAAGCACCAGCUGCUUUAGGACCAUACUCUCAGGCCAUCAAAGCCAAUAACCUUGUUUUCGUUUCUGGUGUUCUUGGCCUUAUACCUGAGACUGGAAAGUUUGUUUCAGACAGCGUUGAAGAUCAGACUGAGCAGGUACUCAAGAACAUGGGGGAGAUAUUGAAAGCUAGUGGUGCUGAUUAUUCCUCGGUGGUGAAGACAACAAUCAUGCUGGCUGAUUUGGGUGACUUCAAGAAAGUAAACGAGAUCUACGCCAAAUACUUCCCAGCUCCUUCUCCAGCACGAUCGACAUAUCAAGUGGCAGCUUUGCCUCUAAACGCCAAGAUCGAGAUCGAAUGCAUUGCAACACUCUAGAACACAUCAAUCUCAAUAAAGGGUUUUAUUGGUUUGGUUCUGAAGAUGUCAGAAAGAAUAAGAGAACCAAUGGCGUAGAGUUAUAAUAUCUUAUCAACCCAUUUUUCACAUAUUUUUCAUAUUCCUGCACUACAACAAACAAAUGUUGCGAAUUAUCAACCAUUAGGCUGUUUGCAAAACCUAAAACCCCCUAAUCAAUAAUAAGUUAUUUAGUGUUUGUUUUA